CCUUAGUUGGAGGUGAGGAAGUCUAUGCUUUACGCGUCCUGCUCAUCAAUUGAGGCAAGAUCGAUAGAAGGGAUGCCCAAGCAACCCCUCACCCUCAAAAAGACAUCCACACCUUUAACCGUAUUCAAACAGACGACCCCAUCACGCCCAUCCACAUUCAACCCCAAAAGGUCAUUCAUUUAGAGCGAAUGCAUGCAUGUGAGUGCGGGCGAUAGCUGUGCUGUGCGUCCUUUCCCUGCGCUGUCUUUCAUUCUUGCCGCCGACGUGCAGCUCUGGCUGGAUGCUUGGGCAGGGGUCGAAACAUGCUGGCGUUGAGCCUUGCCUAGAUGACAGAGGCAACCUGCCUUCUCGUUGGAUCGUCACAAUAUGCUGCUAUUUGCUAGCCUUCGACGCAUUUCCCCUCACGCUUUGCUCUCAACCAAGCAAUCCUAUCGUUAACUCACUCUCUGCAGACGCACAUGCUGGGUGCGUUAGGUCACCAAUAAGUGGUACCCGACUUCGAGGCUAGCCAACGGGGAGCGUGGAAAACCCGGGUUACUGUUGUCUCAUCUGAGGCUCUCAGAUCAUAACAAACAAACAUGAGUUUGAUCGCGUCUCUUCAGUGUUGUUUCCAGAAUGUCAUCCAGCAGACGCUCAUAUUCGAGCAACUUGAAGUCUUUCCUACCAAAAAUUAUAUCUUCAAUUUCUCCAAGUGUGACAGAUUCUCGGCCAUUAUUUCCAUUUGCCUUUCUGCAGCCGCUCCCCAACCCAAGAGACUGGCCCAUACGCCGUAUCUCUAUGCGAGGUCCCGAGCGAGUCUAAGCCAACACCUACGGCCGGCCGCCGAGAGUUGACCGCCAGGGAACCAGAUCAGAGGAACAAAGACCGGUGAAUGGUACUUGAAUGCAAAAAUUGCCAAUCCUGGACUCAUCAUCAAUCACCUCUGCAACGAUAACGGGGAAGCAAAGUUCGCAUCAAGCAAAUAAACAAAAACAUAGGUCAACCAUACUCUACGGUAUCAACUACUGUACUGUACGUUUGCAACACAACAAGGCACGCAGGGUCUCAGUCGGCUGCCCUUUUAUCUCCAUUCCACCACAUGGGCUCGACCACCUUAAGGAUCAUCAACCUCUUCAUCAGACCUAUCACGAUUGCUCUCCCGUCCAGGGUUAUCGCUCAAGCUGGCACAACGUGCCCUCAUCACCCACUGACCGCUGCUUGAGCUCUUCCUUGUCACGGACGCUGCCGGGAUUGACUUGGCAAGGGCUUUGCGCUAGCACGCCGCUUGUUGGGGGGCUUACUGUCGUCUUCACUACCACCGUCAAGGGACUCACCAGUGGAUCGCCAGAAACCGUAGAGGUCAAGACGCGAUUGCAAAGUGCAGCACAGCGAGCGCAUCAUACAAUAUAAUAUCAAUAUCGCGUCCUGCCGUGGAACGAGCCCUGUUAUCUGCUCUGUCCUCAGUUAAAGCAUAGCGUGAGAAGCACAGCACCGUUGGGACCGGCAUCUAGCGAGCCAGUAUCUGAACA